GCAGCCGCCGCGUCGUUCUCGCGUAUUACAAUUAAAACAUGUCUGGAAUUGAACUAAUUUGAAUAAUAAUAAAUAUAAAAAAAAUAUUCUAAAAAUAAUUUUCGUUCAAAAAUGGGUGUAAUGGUACGUGUUCUGUUUUUGAUGUGCAUUUUGGAAUGGUCCGUUUUAGCGCAAUUCGGCAGUAUAUCAGUGAGUGUUGGCAUGGGAGGAAUUAGAAGCGACAAUGAAAAUCUAAGCGUGAGAGCGCCUUGUCCACCGAAUACAUCUUGUGUGCCAAUCAGCUCGUGUCCGAUGCUUGAAGAUCUACUCGAUUUCUCGUGCUUUUCAUCGGAUAAAUACUUUCAUCGUUUAAAUCAACUAACGUGUGGUAAUGACAAUAACGAAGACUACGUUUGCUGUCCGUCGUGUGACUGCGGCCGAGUCUACCAGGAAGGCACGCAAUCGUGUGGCGAGAGUAUGGUACGAGGAGUUGAUUAUGACGGAAUCGGCACACAUCCUUGGGUGGCCAGAAUUGGUUUCACUAAAGAAGAAACGGGCAAUGUUAGAUUCGCUUGCAGUGGAUCUAUAAUAUCGAAGCGAGUUGUAUUAACUGCGGCGCACUGUGCUUUGGCCAAACCAGAAAGAUACAAAUUGUCUACGGUGGUAGUGGGCGAAUGGGAUAUUGGACGCAGUCCUGACUGUAACGAUUUCUUCUGCGCCCCUCCCACGCAAGCAAUAAAAGUUGAAAGCGUUGUUGUGCACCCUGGUUACGAGGAAAAGAUUUUCCGGCACGACAUUGCACUCAUCUUGUUGAAAGAUGAAAUCAAGUAUUCCGUGACAGCAGCACCAGUUUGCCUGAAUGAAAAACCGGAAGUUGUAAUAAACGAACGCGCAUCACUGGUCGGUUGGGGGAAACUGUCCGGUCAGACUAAUGUGGUUAGCCGCCAGCAGCUACUAGAAGUGCCUCUUGUUCCUCUAGAAAAAUGUGAAAAAGUAUUUGGCGAAUCCGUGCCAGUACACGAGGGGCAGCUGUGUGCGGGCGGUGAAGAAGGAAAGGAUGCCUGUUCUGGAUUCGGAGGAGCACCACUACUCAUCAAACGUGACGGAAAAUUUCUUCAGACGGGAAUCGUGUCAUUUGGCUCCGAAAACUGCGGCAGCGACGGCGUACCCAGCGUGUAUACAAACAUUGCUCAUUAUUAUCGAUGGAUCGUAGAAAACUCACCCUCUUAAAGGAAAAUAUACGAAAUUUAUAAAAAAAAAAUUC